UUCUCCACUCCACCGUAUUCACACCAAGAAAGGGGUAAGCUCCUCUCCUCCCGUAUCUAACCCUAAUUUCCCCCCACUUUCAACUCCUUCUCCCACCUCUUAAUUUGCUAAUUCAAUCUCUCAGUCAUUUUCCUCUUUUCGUUUCUUUUCUUCUGAUUCUUCUUGGUCUUCGUCAAAACAACUCACACCAGUUGUCUCUUGACCAUUUACAAAUACCCCAUAACAAUCACAAAGAUUAGCAAUCCUCUGCAUGAAUUAACAAGACAAAACUCUAUCCCAGAGUAGCAGAAAAAGCUUAUAAAGUGGAUCGACGACAUGGGAAGAGGCCCAUUCCGUCCAAUGAAUCGGAGAAGAAAGAGGAAGAAGAAGAAGAAGAAGGAGAAGGAGAAGAACACAUCUUCCCUAUCUACUCUGCUCGAUCCCAACACGACAUGACCGCCAUGGUUUCGGCUCUAACUCAAGUCAUUGCAAACAGUGACCAAAACCCAGUUCUUUUGCAUUCAAAUCCAUUAGUCUUGUCCCAAUCCGGCAUACCAGAGUUGAAUCAAUCUCAACCCGGUCAAGAUCAAGGGAAUCAGAAGAGAAGACACUACAGAGGAGUUAGGCAAAGACCAUGGGGCAAAUGGGCCGCCGAAAUCCGAGAUCCAAUCAAGGCUGCCCGGGUCUGGCUUGGCACCUUCGACACAGCUGAGGGUGCAGCACUUGCUUAUGAUGAAGCUGCUCUUAGAUUCAAAGGAAACAAAGCUAAGCUCAACUUCCCUGAAAGGGUUCAAGGGAGAAUCGAGCUGGGUAGCCUCACAACAACUCGCCAAAACUCACGAGUUGUCUCUAAGCGAGUAUCCAACUUGGUUCGUCCCCCUCCCCCUCCCCCUCCUCGUCCUCGCCCUCUUCUAUCUCAAGAACCUUACCCUAAUGUUUUUCACUAUGCACAACUUCUUGGUAAUGAGAGUAAUGAUGUGAAUUACAGCAACGUGUCAGGUCUGUUGUAUCCUGGAGGAACAUUUGUUUCUCAGUCUUUAAGUUCUUCCUCUUCGGUUACAUCUUUAGCAACAUCACAACAAGAAGGGCAACAAUCAGAGGUUUUGAGAUUUUCUGAGCAGUUUGGAAGUUCUGAUCUUCCUAGGAAUUGGGGAGACUUUGAUACCAAACACUCAAGAAGGUGAUAUAUAUAUAUAUGUUAUAACCAAGUUUUUCACCUAAGGAUGAUGGUCAAAGAUGGACUUGGCAACUCAAAGUUGUAAGUUUUCAUUAAGCACUUUUUUGUCAAUUGAUUUCUUUUCAAAUACUGCAUGAUAUGGGAAUUUUGAAAUAAUGAAAAUCUCAUUAUUAAUAAUAAAUUUUUUAUGUCAAUUUUAUUUGAGCUU